AUGAUCCUGCCGUACGAAGAUGACCGCGCAUACAAAACUCCCUCCCCGCCCCAAAUCGCUUACUUGUCGCAUCUCAACUCUCGCCAAUCGGAUCCCAAUGGCUUUAUGUCAGCGCCCAAUCGACAGAAGAAAAAUUUUUCCCGCCAUGCCUGGACACACGACGACGUGAAUGUCAGUCGUCGUCUUUCGGAUAUUGGCGAGGAGCUCUCGCCAGAUAGACUGGAGGGCUUCGGCGAUUCGGAUGAACAAGACCUAGCCAGUUCAUCGCUACUGCAUGAGCAGGUCGAUAAGGACAGGGAAAAUGCUGCAUGGAGUAGCUCCAAUUCCACCAUCAGUGUGGGGAGCGGACCCGCUUCUGCUUCUAGGGAUGUGUCCGAGCCGCAUAACGGACGCGACGAAUCCCUCGUUCACCCCGAAGUCGCGAAAGCGCAAGCUACUACCGUCGUCGGAGCUGCAGGGAGUUCUUCUGUACCAGCGAGCAACGCUGUGGCGUCUGCAGCUGUAGAGGGUAAGGGGCCUGGAGAGGAGUUUUCCUCGGCGAUACUGAGUAGCGAGGCGGAGAGGAUUCUGGAGAAUGCGAAGAAACGGCUAAAUCUUAUGGAAAACAAUCUCACCCGAGCUCGGUCGACGACGCCACGCACCACCGCCUCCCCCUCGCCCUCGAAUUCGGGCUAUAUUCAGCCAAUGGGUAUGCAUCACCCAGUGGGCGGAUUGUACCGGUCGAUUUCGCGCACGGAUCCCAAGAACUCUUCCCUUCGACGGCUGUCGCUUGUUGCAUCGCAGGAUACGACGAAUAAUCACCAUUCGAGAGUGCACUCUGAGACGAAUGUGCCGUCCAAGUCGGGCCUCUCGAAUGAUAACAAGCGCAUCAUGCGCUCUGUCAGUGCGAUGGGUGCAAGCACUUCGUCCCGUCUUCAUACUGACAAUCGGUCGUUCCAGUAUGCACCCACGAGAGCAUAUCUGACGCACCGGUCAUCGGUCUCUUCCACCCGGCCUCCGAUACCUGUGAAUGAUCAGGACCAACAGGAUCAGACGGCGCAGUCACCUGUUUCCACCGAAGACAGUUCGCCGGUCUCGCCGCGUGGCUUGGGCAUCUCCUCGGAGGAGGGAUCAAAAUCAAGCCCGGAUGGUUUCAGUCCAGUCUACAGCUCUUUUGGUCCCCCUAGUCGCGCGCAGUCGCAACUGCAGGUGCGUGAUCUCCAGUAUCAGAUGAAGGGGCUUCACAUCAAGAUCUCUUCUCUCAAGGUCAAGACCCAGGAAGAUAAUCUUCGCCGGCGUAGCUUGCAAAGUCUGCGCACGCCAAGUCCACUGACGGCCUCUGAUCAAUGGUAUGUGACUGCGCUGGAGCUCAGAGAUGGUCAGAGCAGUCGUGGCUCCGAUUCCCGACGCGACACCAGCUCUGAAAACACCCGGGAUACCUCUAAUGAUGUAGCGGAAGAUCGACGCAGAUCCGAUCAGCAUGUCGCUGGGAACACAUCCAAACACGCCCGGACUUGGAAAGGCAAUGAGCCUGCUAAAUAUGCCGAUGAUCAAUCUGUCGCCGAGACGAUGUACGAGGAUGCCGAAGAAGGUGACUUCGAUGGGGACAUUGACCGCGAGGCUCUGAAUGAGAUUUUGCGUGAACCACUUGACGAUGACCUCGAGAGCGACAUGGAAGCCUUCCCCGAUGUGCCAUCGCACACGGAUGCGACGCCCCACGAGAUGCGUGAGGAUGCCUUUGACUACGAGAAUUUCAUCCUACAUAGCGCACUGGGCAACUACACCCAGCAACUCCGUCGGGUGAGCCACGGCUCGAACGGGUCAGUCGAGACAACCCGGCCCACAUACACGCUACACUCCCGUACAAACAGCAACAUUUCCGAGUCGACCGUGGCAACCUUCACAACUGCAAAUGAAGGCGAGUGUCCUGAUGACGAGGACGACAUUGAUAGCGUGAUGUACUGGGACCGACGAUUCAACCGUGGUACGUUCCCACGAUCUAAAUCCUCUGGCGUUUCUAACACCAAUCCUCGAACAGAGCUGCGACAUGGCCAUAGCCAUAGCCACUCCCAGUCGCAUUCCCUACGUCAUGCUCGCAGCUACAGCCACCAAUCAAGUUCAAUUAAAGAGGUCGAGGAGGGCGAUCGUUCCGAAACACCCCGCGGACCACGAUACGAAGGCGGCGACAACACCUUACUGAACACACCACAUCUUUCCUCUCAGAAAUUCGCUAGCCGCUCAUCCUCAGCCACGGCCGGCUCUGCAACUCCAACCUCCCUUGUCUCAUCCCUUGUCUCGACCGUGCGUGCGGCAUCCAGUACCCCCAGUGUAGGUGGUAUCAAUGAUGAUGAUACACAGAUGCUGGAAGAACUCUUUGCCAGCCUUGGUAAGGUCUGUAUGGACCUCCAGGCAAUCACGACCUCUUCGGAUCCAGACAUAAAAGCAGCGCGUGUGCUGCGGCGUCGUCUGGAUGCUGCGCGGAGAGCGCUAGAAGGAGAACUUGAUUCUUGA